AUGUGGGAAUCAGGGUAUUCAGAUUUGCCUGUCUGUCACACAAAUAUGGAAAGUGAUACUACAAGCACCACUCCUUCAGAAGACUCCAGAGAUUGUCUACAUGGAGUUCAGACUUUGCAUGGGAGAACAAUUGGACCCACAAGGCAUUCCAAAAAGGGGCAAUGGACUCCAGAAGAGGAUGAGAUACUGCGCAUGGCUGUUCAACGUUUCAAAGGAAAAAACUGGAAAAAAAUAGCGGAGUGUUUCAAGGACCGAACAGAUGUACAAUGUUUACACAGGUGGCAAAAGGUUCUUAAUCCAGAACUUGUCAAAGGUCCUUGGUCAAAAGAGGAGGAUGAAAUGAUAAUCCAUUGUGUGAACAAAUAUGGGCCAAAAAAAUGGUCCACCAUUUCAAAGCAUGUUCCUGGACGUAUUGGAAAGCAAUGUCGUGAAAGGUGGCACAAUCAUCUUAAUCCUGCGAUAAACAAAGAUGCUUGGACACAAGAAGAGGAAUUGGCUCUGAUUCAUGCCCAUCAAAUUUAUGGAAACAAGUGGGUAGAGUUAACAAAGUUCUUGCCUGGGAGGACCGACAAUGCAAUAAAAAAUCAUUGGAACAGUUCUGUCAAAAAGAAAUUGGAUAUGUAUUUGGCAUCAGGCUUACUUUCACAGUUCCAAGGUCCACCUAUUGUCAGCCAUCGAAAUCAAUCAGUGGCAUCCUCUUCUUCGAAGGCACAGUGGAGUAGUGAAGAUGAUAGUGUUGUUAAAGACAUAUUAGAAGUGGAGGAAGCUUCUGAAUGCAGCCAAAGUUCUACUGUGGUUGGUUUGUCUCAAUCUACAAAUGACACGAUCAAUAAAAUUAUACUUACCAGAAAGGACUGUGGAGUCAGUGAAGAAUUCAAUCAUAAAAAAGAUCCAAGCUCCAGUUCAAUGACGCGGUCUGACGAUUAUCGCCCUGCUUUGCCAGGCAUUACAUUUUCCAUGCCAGAAGUACCUUUGGAGAUGAGUGGCUCUUCAAAGUUUCUUGACCAUAACUUCCCUUUAGAUUGGGGGCCUUUGUCAGGGAAAGAUCGGCAUCUUUAUCCGAAUGAUCUACCGGACAUAUCUUUGCUGGAUCUGAGGCAAGAAACAUCAGAACUAGUCAUGCAAGCUUUAAAUGGCCACGACAACAAUGAAAAUAUAAGCUUUGCACCAGAAACUUUUAUGGAGUUGAAUGCUUCUUCCCCCAUCGGGAACAUGGUUAUGACUUCUGAUAUGCCUAAUCUUGUACUUAAUUCAGAUUGCAGGGUGAUAUGCCCAGAGUUAGGACGGGAUGGAUGUUAUCCUUCUGAAAAUGUUGUGGACGGCGUUGAUAGAUCUACAGAUUCAUUACUUCAUCAAUCUUCAAAUUUUGCGAUCCCUGAAGAUGGAACUUUUGCUUCACAGUCUUGCUGUUCUACGAGUUAUGACAUGCUGGGCACUUCGUUUAGUAAACCUUUCCCCGUUCCAAGUGAACUUCCUCCUCAAGAUGGUUUAGUUAUGUACGGUAUUGAUCCUUAUCAGUUGAAUGAUUCCUUGAAUGGAAAUACAGAGCCGGAGUCUGUUCGUCCAAGAACACAUGAUGACUUUAUCUGUCCCAAGGAGUCUGGUUGUUUUCCUUGUGAACAUGGAUCUGAACAGGCAAACUGUUCACCGAAGCUAGUUCUAAUUAACGAUUCUGUCUUAGCAUCAAAUGAUACUCAAAGCUGUUCUUCCAGGGACAAAAAUCCAGUUCUAACAGAUGAACAGAAGGAUUGUGGAGCUUUAUUCUAUGAACCUCCUCGUUUUUCAAGCCUGGAUAUUCCAUUAUUCAGUUGUGAUCUUAUUCAAUGUGGCAGCGAUAUGCAGCAAGAGUACAGUCCACUUGGCAUCCGCCAAUUGAUGAUAUCUCCCUUAAAUCCAUUCAAAUGGUGGGAUUCACCGUCUAGGGAAGAUAGUUCAGAUGCUGUUCUGAAAAGUGCUGCCAAAACUUUUACAGGUGCACCAUCUAAACUGAAAAAAAGACACCGGGAUCUGUUGUCUCCUGUAUCAGAAAACAGAAGUUGGAAGAAGCUUGAAAGUGACUUGAAUCAGGAAUCAUUCUCCAACCUGUCAAUUGAAUUUUCUGGACUAGAGGUCGGGUUUGAUGAAUGUGUGGAUCAAAAAGGACAUAUGUUGUGUUCAUCUCCAAACAAUAAAAGAAACUCAGAAUCUAAUUGUGUUGAAAAAGAAAACGUGAACCCUGGUUUUGAAGACGGGAGAAAGGAGGGCAACAAAAGCAUUGUAGUUUCAGGAAGCAGAAUGUUACAGAAAGCGCUAAACAGCGGUGAGAUUACAAACAAGAUAAAAGAACAUAGUGUUGUUAUGGAUGUCAAAAAUAUGGCUGGAGGCAAUGAUUCGGUGCAAACUGUUACAGAUUCUUCUAGAAUCCUUGUUGAACGUGAUAUGAAUGACCCACAAUUCUCUUCAACGGACCAUAUUGGGACCACAAGUGAUAGAGAAAUUGGCCUAAUUGCUAAAGUUCCUGGAAAUAAAUAUUCUAGAAGAGUAGACACAGUAUCAACACAUGGGGCUAUCAUAGCUUCAUCUGAGACUCAUUGUUUGUCUGUUGUUUGCUCCCCUCGAAUAUGCGCGAACAAGGAUGGGACUAAUAUGGUCAUAACUAAAUCCCUGCAAUCCAUGAGUCCCUUGGCGAAUAAAGCUGGUAGUUCUAGCAAAGGUGUAGAUGUUGAAAACAAUAGCAUAUAUGUAGACACACCAUUCAAAAGGAGCUUUGAAUCUCCUUCGGCAUGGAAAUCCCCUUGGUUUAUGAACUCUUUUGUACCAGGCCCCAGAGUUGAUUCGGAGAUAACGGUCGAGGACAUCGGCUACUUUAUGAGCCCAGGGGACCAAAGUUAUGAUGCUAUUGGGUUAAUGAAGCAGUUAGGAGAGCAGACUGCAGCUGCUUUUGCAGAAGCGCAGGAAAUUUUGGGAGAUGAAACUCCGAAAACGAUACUGAAGGAAAACUGCUUGAAAAAACUGGAAGAAGGAAAAGAUAACAAUCAUGGUUCAAACUGUCAGACAGGCUCGGCUUCAAAUGUCUUGACGGAGAGGCGCACCCUUGAUUUUAGUGAAUGUGGCACACCAAUGAAGGAAGCUGGAAAAUUGUCUAGCAGCAUUGGUCUCUCAAGUCCCUCCACCCAUCUUUUAAAGAGUUUCAGGUAA